CUAGAUCGGCCGACGCGGAUGCGAGUGCUCCUGAGGGUUUAAGUUAAGAACUGAAGACAGCCUGUCUUUCCUGGUGGUUUCAGUCCAAUUUCGUUAUACCAGAGCUACCCGUCUAUUUCUGCGGUACGAGAUGGGCGAUAAACCUCAAUGCUUUAUCGUACUAACGAGUGUAUGGGAUUGCAUGCUGACUGAGCGCAUAAGCGUGUAUUUGAACGUUAGCGUGGAAUGGACGUUAGAUGAGGAGUUAGUCUCGAUGUUGGUGCGCGAAGCUAUUAGAGUGAGCAGCACCAUAGACUUCUCGUCGAGAAGAUGAGUAUUGAUCGGUAGCUGUCGCGACUCCUCCCUAAUACAACGACCGCCGCUAUGCAGAGUAGCACAUUCGAGGUAGCGUCGUCGCCGUCGAGAUCGGUCAAGGUUAUACAAACGGGGCAGUCCUGCGCUCUGUAAUGCCUAGAUAGCACCUUGCCGCUAGGGCAGUAGAGGGGGCGUCUUACUGACUGGGUAAC